AUGGAUGUAUGCUUUCAUUCCUCAGGACCUUCAUAUGAUAUCUGGCAUAGGUUCUAUUACCCUGCAACUUAUGCUAAAUUUGUUAAUACAAGUCGAACAGUCACAGAAAACAGCCACGUCUUUGUUGGUUACGUUCUUUUCGAAAAUUUUAGUCCACAAGGUGUCAUUCGAAUCACUUAUCCAGAUGAUAGUACAAAAGUACUUGUUUCAACUUCUUCUUUUAUUAACUGUUCCUCUAAUGAAAGUGAUGGAGGAUCUAUAUAUAUGUCAUCAUCAUUAUCAGGAGAAGGAUCAUUUGUUCAAUACAAAGUCUGUAGUUAUGAAUCUAAAUCAGAUAAUUUAGGAUCUCAUUCAUAUAUUUGGGUGACUAAUGACGAUAACCAUAAGAAUUUUGUUAUCGAAUCAUCAUUCACUCAAAAUACAGGACGUAUGUCAGUUUUAUAUCAUUCUUCUGGAUCUAUUCUAUUUCUUUCAAUAAAUAUCUCUGAUUCAAAUAUAGAUGCAAAUGCAGCAUUUUCUAGCUCUGAUCCAUUUUCUAUUUCAACAACAAAUUUUAGUAAUUUCGAUAAUAUUUCAUCAAAUCAACAAUGUUGUUUUUAUCAUCAAUCUAAAACACAAAUUUACGAUUUUUGUAACGUUAUUGAUAACAAAGUUUCAGAUAACCACGCAAUUUUCUAUCUCAAUUCUGUUACACUUUCAGUAAAUAAAAGUUUCUUCAAAGGAAACAAAGCUUCUAAUUUAUUUUAUAUUGAUUCAGCAUCACCUACUGUAAAUGAAUGCCAUUUUGAAGAUAAUACAUUCGAAACAAAUAAAAAUUAUAUUCACAGUUCAAAGUCAAUGACAGAAAUCUUUCUCCCUAAUUUAUAUUCUUCAUUUUUAUGUGAAAACCGAGAAUAUAUAAAAAUUAAAUUAAUCUUGAAUACUCACAUUCCAAAUAUUUCUAUUUCUAAUUUAUUUUCUGGUCAACCUUCUUUACAUCCUUCUAAACAUAAACAUUAA